CGUUUUCUGCACUUACAAACAACAAAAUCCCAAGCAAAAUUAAUUAAGCUUCUUUCCAUAAACUCUUAUUUCUGAAGUUAAUUCUUUGAGGCAUUAUUUUUUUAAUGGAGGCCAGUGCUCCAGAAUUGCCAAUGGAAGUGGCACAUGGGUUCCCCAUGAUCAGUGUUGUAGAGGAUAGCUUCUGUGUGACUUACCCAACAGAAAUAACUGUGAAGAAGAAUUACCGUGGAUUCUUCUUAAACCAACGAUACGAGGUGUUAGAUGUUAACGGUGAUCUCUUGCUUCAAGUUGAUGGCUCAAGCCUUGACGUGCGCAAGAAGAGGGUCAUGCGUGAUGCUGCCGGUUCCCCUAUACUUACAAUGCGUGAGAAAGUUAAGCUGAUAACACUGCGGCAUCGGUGGAUGGUUCAUAGAGGCAAAAGCUCGGAGGAGAAGGAUCUGAUUUUUGGGGUUCAACGAUCCCACCCUCUUGACAUGAAACCGCGGCUUGAUGUGUUCAUGGCCACCAACAUCAAUGAAGAUAUCAGCAGCUUUCAACUUGUUGGGAGCCACAGUGACAAGUCCUGCAAAGUUUACAAAGGAGACACCAUGAUUGCAGAGGUAAUUGGUGUAUAUCCAAGGAGCAACUUCAGCAAUUGGACAGAAAGUUUUAAGGUCAAAAUGAAUGCAGGGGUGGAUUAUGCUUUCAUUGUUGCGUUGCUUGUAAUACUCACCGUAAAUGAUUACAUAUAAUAUUGAUCUCCCUCCUGGGCAAGGUUAUACUGUUAAAAAUGCCAUAAAGGACUUGAACAUAAUAGAAUAAAAUAACUAAUUGCAUUGUAUAAACCUAUUAUGAUGAAAUGCAAUAAAAUUCUCAAUCCUUUUUUCUUAUUUUUAAAUUGAGGGGAAAAAAAUAAAGGUAAAUAAUGGAAUAGGUUCCACUA